AUGCCCAUGCUACACACUUCAAUCGAGGGCUUCUCACCUCAGUUGAACUUAAGCUCAGAGGGAGUCGUCGAAGAGGGGCAGUGGAAACCAUAUUCAACACAAACGACACGCUCUCGCCAUGGAAAGUCACUCCUGUCAUGGAUGGCCCUUUUGGUGCCGACAUUCUUUACCGUACGGACAAACAGCGAGACAAAAGCGAAUGAAAGGCAACGACAACGUACAAGGCCGACCGCAUACCUCGAUGGAUUGAGGGGGUUUGCGGCUUUCCUAGUCUACUGGGGACAUCAUCAACUCUGGGCCCACGAUGAAACAAAGUUGGGCAAGGCCUUCGAGUUGGCCUACGGUUACGACAACAAGUACUAUUUUGCAUGCCUGCCUGGUGUUCGAACAUUGUUCGGGGGUGGUCAUUUUGCCGUCAGUGUCUUCUUCGUGCUUUCUGGGUAUGUUCUCUCAACGAAACCAUUGGGAAGCAUCCAGGAUGGUGACUACGCUGAGCUAGGUAAAAGUCUUUCCUCAGCGGUAUUCCGACGAUGGUUUCGUCUCUAUAUUCCUGUCAUUUGCACCACAUUUUGCUACAUGACAUUUUUACAUUUGUUCGGAAUUCGUACUGUUCCAGAGCUUCAAGGUAGCUACCUCUCUGAGCUAUGGAAUUGGUACGCCGAAUUCAAGAACUUCAGCUUCGUUCUGCGAACGGGCGGCGAGCCCUGGUUCGGGUACAAUUUUCACGUUUGGUCCAUUCCCGUGGAAUAUCGAGGCUCGCUAGCUGUUUACACCACCGCUCUCGCCCUCGCAAGAUUUCGCCGCAAUGCCCGGUUGAUCGGUGAAGUGGCGUUGGUGGUGUACUUUUUGUACAUUGCGGAUGGAGCACACUUUGCUAUGUUUAUUGCCGGCAUGCUUUUAAGAGAUCUUGACCUCCUCGCCAUGCGCAAUGACUUGCCCGGCUUCUUCCGCAGACUGGAGCCCUUCAAGUCAGCCAUCUUGACUUUUCUCUUCUACGUCAGCCUCUAUCUUGGCGGGGUCCCAUCACAUACGGACAAUUUACAACAGUUACGUGACUCGCCAGGUUGGUACCUCUUGUCAUUCCUCAAGCCGCAGGCGGUUUUUGACUACAAAUGGUUCUACCUGUUCUGGGCCGCUGUUCUCCUCGUUGUGUGCACAUCUCACCUUCAGUGGCUCAAGACCUUUUUUGCGGCCCCGUUCAAUCUAUACUUGGGCCGUAUUUCGUUCGCCUUCUAUCUAGUUCACGGACCCGUUCUCUGGACUCUGGGAGACAGGCUCUACGCCGCAGUGGGAUUAAUGCGCGAUUCGCAUGCUCGGAAUUGUCCCUGGUGGAUUAAUCGACUCCCCUUGCCUAAUGUUGGCCCCUUUGGCCUUGAGAUCAACUUCCUCGCUCCGCAGCUGAUCCUAUUACCCUUGACCCUGUGGCUGGCAGAGGUAACGACUCGAUUUGUCGACGAGCCGGCUGUGAGGCUGUCUCAGCAGAUGUAUCAAGAGGCGCUAAACGACAAGCCCUGA